GGGUGUUUCACUUGCGAGCGAGCCUUAUAAGAGCUGGUUUGAGCGGCCAUGUGCUGGCAGAGCGGGGAGGACAGGGUGUUUCCAGGCUGAGGCAGGGAGGAAGUUUACGGGUCUCUCACAUCUGCUGCAGCAGGAGCUGAGUUGCACGGAGGAUCCGGGCUCCCAGCUCAGCCAUGACGAGCAGCAGCGUGGACAUGGACUGCGAGAGGUGUCAGUGCCAGCAGGAGGACAACCGCACCGCCAUCCUUUACACCCUCCUCAGCCAAAACCUGAACCACAGCCGGGGCAGCUGCAGCCCGGCCCACCAGCGCUGCCUGUGCCACCAGCGCCGGACGGUGUGCCUCCGGACACCCCACGUCACCUGCCAGGCUGCCUCCGACGUGCUGGUGAAAACCGUCAGCUUCAUGAAAAACCUCCCUUCCUUCCACCUGCUGCCACGAGGGGACCAGCUCCUGCUGCUGGACAGCUGCUGGGUCCCCCUCUUCCUCCUGGGGCUGGCGCAGGAGAUGGUGACGUUUGAGGUGAUGGAGACCCCGGCCCCCAGCAUGCUCAAGAAGAUCCUCCUCGAUGGCCAAAGCAAACGGCAGGAGCCCGAGCGGACGCAGCCCACGCUGGCCGCCGUGCAGCGGCUGCAGUGCUGCCUCAACACCUUCUGGAGCCUGGACCUGAGCCCCAAGGAAUAUGCCUACCUGAAGGGAGCCAUUCUCUUUAAUCCCGAUGUCCCAGGGCUGAGAGCCUCCCUGUACAUCGAGAGCCUCCAGCGGGAAGCCCAGCGAGCACUUCAGGAGGUCCUGCGGCCCCUGCACCCUGAGGACCAGGGCCGCUUUGCCCGCAUUUUGCUGAUUGCCUCCACCUUGAAAUCCAUCCCUCCUGCCCUUAUCACAGACCUCUUCUUCCGGCCCAUCAUCGGCAACGCAGACAUCGUUGAGCUCAUCGCGGAAAUGCUGUACGAAAUCACCAGCAGGCAGCUGGCUCCCACGCCACGCAUGGCGCUCUGAGCUGCUGCAUUCAGCUGCCGGCCUCGUGGAUGCUCCCCAACACCUCACAGGGAGCAGAGAGACCCAGGGAGUGGGGAUUUAGCAGGCUGGGUGCCUGGACUCUGCAGAGAACUGGCCGUGCGUGUGCCUGUCGCUAGGAUGAGGCUGUAGGACUCAGCGAGGCUUCGCAGAGCACACAGGAAAACAACUUGGAGUCGGCAGAUGUUUAUGGCAGCUCCUGCUCCACCUGUGCCAGUCUCAGCUUCAGGGAGCGCGCGUGUAUGUGACUUUCCCUGGCCUGUAGCUGAUGAUAAGUAGCUGCCAGUAAACUCUGUGACACAGAGCAGAUGGGGUUAGAGGCCUGUCCAGGUUUUUGCUCAGUGAAUCCCUGGUCCCACUGAAAUCCAUGUGUAUUUUGCUGCUAACUCCAAGAGAUGAGGUUUAGCCUCAGCUGAAAGCCCGUAACAGCUUGGUUGUGCAGUACUUAGGUGUGCUGAGUACUCUGUCUUCAGUGGGAUUUUAGAAAAAUUGAGUGGCUCGGGCUGUGGUUUUACCUCCAUUUCUGUGACAGGAAGAAACUCACUGAGCUGUAACGCUGCAGAAACAGGCAGAACUGACUUAGUGGCAGAAGAAAACAUCCCUGUCUUGAGUUAGAGCAGGUCGUACAUGUAGCGUGUCUGGAAAGCUCGCUCCUCCUGUCUGCAGCUUUUGCAACAAGUCGGAUGUCAGUAUUUUAUAAGUGAACAUUCUCGUGGUUUGUAUAUAAGAUACAGUAAAUUAUUUUUUUAAUAAAAUGUUUUACACUUUGGAAAA